ACGAUGAUUUUUACUCUGCUCGCCAUAACGGCUCUCCUGGUACCUCAUAGCAUCCACGCAAGCAAGCAAUACCCAGAACAAAAUCCAUCGCUUCAAGAGUACCAGAAUCAAUCUCCGUACUUUCCUCUCGAAGAGACAUGGUACAUGGUGUACAGAAACUACGAGACAGAUCCAUUUUUCGGUGGCACUGCUAAGUGUGUCAGAUUCAAAGCAACUGAUCCCGGACAAAAUGACUCAUACCCAGUCAUUCUCGAGUACGAUCCAAGCUUUUCAACUAAUCUCACAGUGACUCUCGGCUUAUCUCCCGGAUAUACACUCAAAAACAUUUUGAGCUUUGAACCUCAAGGUCAGGAUAUCUCGGUGCCGGCAUACUCAGCGUACAAAGACAUCAAGACGUGCGAUGUACUGCGUGUGCCAUACGCAGGCGAUGAAGCAUGCGCCAUCCUCGUCCCCAAAAGUCAGCUGGGAAAUCACGGGGUGUGCUGUGAUUUCAUAUUUGAUCUGCUGUGCGGUGCCACCCCGAAGUUCAACAUCUCCGACAGCAACUGCCCGUAG